AUGUGUUCUCAAGUGUCAGAGUUAAAAAAACUACGCCGUCAGUAUUGGUCGAUGAAAAAUCGUGACGUAAAUAUCGUGACAGAAGUAUGGGGUACUGCCCUUCACGUCGCAGCUCAACGUCACAACAGUUACGCAGUUGAAAAAUUACUGAAAGCAGGCGCAGAAGUUAAUAAAUUUUGUACUCCCGGCAACUGCACGGCUCUUUAUAAUGCGAUUACUGGAUCAAGAUUUUACAAACCGGAAAUCGUCGAACUGCUGAUCAAUUCAGGAGUCAACGUCAACCAUCCAGUCAAAGUGUCCACUGAUGGCCGGCAACUGACGGCAAUGCAGGUGGCCAUCCAUAAAAGGAACAGCGAAGUUGUCAAGUCACUGCUCUGCUUUGGCGCGUCGAUUAAUCGCGUUAAUCAAAAUGGCGAACUAACCCCGCUGGAGCUGGCGGUAAAAGUGGGCGCCACUAGGGCCGUGAAAGUGAUCAAAGAACAUAUUGUUAGAUUUCAUGAAGCUGAUUUGUAUGUCUGUGACAGUAAUAUUGCGUCGGUCAGGGAAGAUGGACAAUUUGAUGAGCUAAGAAGUCAGUGUUAUUACGAAAUCGAGUGCAUGAAACGAAUGGGAAUUAGUGAAGACGUUAAUAGCACUUAUUAUGACAUCUUAUUCAACCCUUGUGAUGAAACUCAAAGUGAUUUAAUGAAAUUGAACAUUUCUAAUCUGCCCUCUGUGGUCGAGAGCUUCAAAAUGUUUAAGGAAUAUUGCGAUCUAUUGACUUGUAAAUUUUAUAAGUUGGUAAAUAGAACCAGGAGGUUGAAAUCCUUUCAUUACUAA